AUGAUCAACUAUGUUCCAACAAAUAACAAGCUUAUCAACGAGUAUCAGAAGAAACCAGCAUCUGGUCCUCGUCCUUUAACACCUGAGAUGCAAAAGCCUUUGGAUGAAGCGAACAAUCCUAAAAAGGGAGAUCUUGAUGAAAAUCUACGUAUUGCGAGAGAAGCUGAUGCUCGUGAAAAAGAGCUUUGUGAUGCUCAGGUAACAUUAGAAACCGAAAAGUCUAUUUUCCCUACUUUGACUAUAGAGCAUAUCAUGAAUGAAGCCGUCGAAAAUCCAAGUAUUUAUUGGUUAGAUCCAGUUGUUUCGUUCGAUUUAGAGAACACUUUGGAUUCGUAG